GGAUUCUCUGCUGGGCGGCGAGGCGAGCAAGAGGGCUCCUCGAAAAACAAGGAAGGGUCUCUGGGCGCGACGGAGGAAGGGCGAGGAGGGAUGUCGGGGCUGCUGAGCGCGACGCUGAGCGGCCUCAACAGCGACUCGUACUGCGAGUUCAGCACUUAUCGGGACCAGCAGUUCAAGGGAAGUUGUGACCUGCAAGAAAAAACUCUGAAAAACUCCUGCACACUUUAUGUGGGCAAUCUCUCUUUCUACACCACAGAGGAACAAAUUCAUGAGCUCUUCUCCAAGUGUGGGGAUGUGAAGCGCAUAGUCAUGGGGCUAGACAAAGUGAAGAAAACCCCCUGUGGCUUCUGCUUCGUGGAGUACUACACGAGAGCAGAAGCAGAGCAUUCCAUGCGGUUCAUCAAUGGAACCCGUCUGGACGACCGCAUCAUUCGAACAGACUGGGAUGCUGGGUUUAAGGAAGGGCGGCAGUAUGGCCGUGGGAAAACAGGUGGCCAGGUACGAGAUGAGUACCGGACAGACUACGAUGUGGGCAGAGGUGGCUUUGGCAAGAUUGUUCAGCAGCAGAAGAUGAACCAGCAGACAGUGAUCUACUAAUGGCUUCUUGGAUGGGGUAGAUAAUAAUAAUGAAUUAAAUAAUGAAUUAAAUAAACCUGAUCUCAUGAUAUC